GAAGUCUCUUGCCAGCUUUGCAUCAGCAAGCUCAAAUAAUCAAAAAAGAAUUUAUCUUAAUUCUUCAUCCUCCACACACACUUCACAAUGGCCUCUGGUGAAGCAACCGUCAUCUCCAACACGGAGAAUCUCAUGAAGUACAUGUCCCUCGACCAGCGAGGAACAGUUCAGGCUGAGUACGUCUGGAUUGAUGCUGUCGGCGGCUGCCGUAGCAAGACCAAGACUCUCUCCAAGCCCGUUCAGUCGGUCGAUGAACUCCCCGAGUGGAACUUCGACGGCUCCUCGACUGGCCAGGCCCCCGGUGACAACUCCGAUGUCUACCUCCGCCCCGUUGCUAUCUUCCCCGACCCCCUCCGCCUUGGUGACAACAUCCUCGUCCUCUGUGAGACCUGGGACUCCGAUGGAACCCCCAACAAGUACAACCACCGCCACGAGGCUAACCGCCUGAUGGAGAUCCACGCCAAGGAGGAGUGGUGGUUCGGUCUGGAGCAGGAAUACACUCUCCUCGGUACUGAUGGCUGGCCUUACGGAUGGCCCAAGGGCGGUUUCCCCGGUGCCCAGGGUCCUUACUACUGUGGUGUUGGUACCGGCAAGGUCUACUGCCGUGACAUCGUUGAGGCUCACUACCGUGCCUGCCUGUACGCCGGCAUCAAGAUCUCCGGUAUUAACGCUGAGGUCAUGCCUUCCCAGUGGGAGUACCAGGUCGGCCCCUGCAACGGCAUUGAGAUGGGUGACCACCUCUGGAUGUCCCGUUUCCUCCUCCACCGUGUUGCCGAAGAGUUCGGUGUCAAGAUCUCUUUCGACCCCAAGCCCAUCAAGGGUGACUGGAACGGAGCCGGUCUUCACACCAACGUCUCUUCCGCUUCCAUGCGUGCUGAGGGUGGUAUGAAGGUCAUUGAGGCUGCCAUGAAGAAGCUCGAGGCCCGCCACGUUGAGCACAUCGCCGUUUACGGUGAGGGUAACGAGGAGCGUCUCACUGGCCGUCACGAGACCGGUAGCAUCGACAAGUUCAGCUACGGUGUUGCUGACCGCGGUGGCUCCAUCCGUAUCCCUCGCCAGUGCGCCAAGGAUGGCAAGGGUUACUUCGAGGACCGCCGUCCCGCUAGCAACGCCUGCCCCUACCAAAUUACCGGUAUUAUUGUUGAGACUCUUAUGGGUGGCAACUAAAUGCGUUACAUACCGUUUGAAAAUGUGAAUACACUUCAUAUUAGCGCUCGUAUACCCUCCGGCGUCGUUAGGGAGGACAAUAGCGCGGCCUGGCACCGUUGGAGCAAACAUAGAAUUUCUUUUUCUUUAUGGUAGUUCGGGAUGUCUUCUUUCUCUCCUGCCAGAGCUUGCCUUGCGAUCCUUAGCUUCUGCUGGUCCUGCGUUUUGUUUCUUUCGUUAUUGGGUUAUGUGUUACGUACAGCAUAGAG